AAACGGCUUUCCUCUUAUUGCUUGCUUGCUCCACACUUGACGAACGUUCUGCGUGUGCCUGACACAAGCUGACAGCUAUUGACCGGGUAUUUGAAGGAGCGCCACCUGUCGGCCGUUGCCCAGCAACCAAGACUCAAUCACAACACAAAUUUUUGACAAGUGCAUAAAAAUAAUUUUAAAGUGCACAAAACAAGCGAGCAAAUAUUGGUUAAAAAUGAAAUUCAUACCAUUGCAUACGACCAAUACGGCCAUCAUAUACAAGAAUUCGCUGUGUUCGCUGGCCUCGCUGCUGGUGUUGAUUUUUAUAGCAUUGUCGGUUAUGUUGCCGAUUUUAUUGGUCUCCUUGCUGAGUCCCUAUUCGGGCAUAUCCGAAUCGAGGGUUUUAUUCGAACAGCCCAAGGUCCAGUUUAGCUAUCAGUAUAUAUUUGUGGGUCACACGGAGGAUGCAACGCUGAUUGCCUGCAGCAGUUUUGGCAAUUUCAAUGCGAGACUGGGGAAUUCCACUCAAAACUGCGAAGCAAUCAAAUAUUGGACACACGAUUUGGAUGAGGAUCGAGUCACAGAUCGUCUGCACUUUCAGCUGGAACUGCUGCCGCUGCCAUCGCCACUGAGUCACUUUGAUUUGUUGCUCUUCUUCGAGGCACAAUUGAGUCACAAGUGCCAACUAAAUCCUCCAGCCUUACUCGCCCAUCAGCUGCCAUUGCCGACAGCAGCAGGAGGAGGACUCCAAAAUGGACGCAUUCAGCUUAAAGGCGAGCUGAAGCUCAAGCAAUAUGUGGAGUUCACUUGCCCCUUUCCAGGUCGCAAUCAUCGCACCCAUUUUCGCCCUGUGCAGCUGGACACCAAUAACACUUUGGCGGACAUCUCGCAAUACCAAAUGGAAUCCUUGCUGGGCCAGGUGAAAGUGAAUCCUGCCUACUUUCAGCUGGCCGUGCAGGAAACCUAUUACAAGCGCCGUGCACCACGCCUGGAAUCAGGUUUAACCAUCGACCUGGAGGUGGAUGUGCUGCAGGUGGCAGCGCGUUAUCAUUUGAGCAUUUGGGAGCGUUUGGGUCAAUUCUGGUUGUAUUUCGCAUCGUUCUUUGGCAUCUCGUUCUAUGUGAUGAACAGGCUCAAGGAUUUCCUAUUUGGCCGGCACAUCAUCAGAUCGUGGGAGAUAAUACCGUGGAAGAAGCUCUACUGACACGAAUCGGGCGCCAUUCUGGAGAUGGACAACUUCUCCAUUGGCGAAUGAAACGAGCAAUUACCAAAACAAAAAUAUUUAUCAGUCGUAUGCAUUAAAUUAAAUA